AUGUCUGAUCAUCCAGAGCCGCCUGCUGCUGGCCCCCCUACUUCUACUGAUAUCAAUCAUAACGAUGACCCCCAACAUGAAGAACAUACACAAGAACAAUUAGAGCAGCAAAAACACCAACAAGAUCCGCUUCCAGUUUCUAAAAAAUUCCAUCAGGGAUUUGAAGAUUGCUUUUGGUCGUCAGAUUAUGCUACCGGUCUCAAUGUGCUUUUUGAUAAGCUUGAUCAAGGAGUUGUUGAAAACUCUCAGAUCCUCGACUUUAUCUCUCGCCGCAUUUCUCUCGAAUCUGCAUAUGCUGCUAAUCUAAAAUCCGCUUCUGAAAAUGUCAUGACGUCCCGCCAGGCUUCUGCUGGAUUCGACAGAGACGAGGGAGCUUCGGCCAAGCAGGCUUUUGUAGCUUUCUUGGACGAAUCAUCGACUCAGGGUGAACUCCAUUCACGUAUUGCCGCAGGGCUUGAGCGCCAAGUUCGUGAACCCUUUAGCCAAUAUGCUGAAGCCCACAAGUCUAGAGUUUCUAAGGCCCGCAGUACUCUGUUGUCCAGGCUCAAGUCUUACAACAAAUCAACAGCCAAUGUCCACAAGGCCCAGCAAACAUACUAUGCUAAAGCCCGCCAGCUUGAAGAACUCACAAACUCCAGCGUCCCGGUUAUGGUGGCAUCUGGAGGAGCCGUUAACAAUAACACUUCUGCCCGCUCUCUUUCCAUGGCAAUUUCAUCCUCUGCUUCAGCCAUCAACAAGCGCCUUUCUCUUGCUCAGUUUUCGAAAGGUGCUGAGCCUACCAUCCCUGAAGCGGCUGAGUCUUCUUCUUCAGCUACUAAGGAGGAUGAAAAAGGAAAAUCUGUCACAAAACAGUCUACAAUUUCGGAGGACCAUAUCGUUACACCACCAACCGCUUCCGCCGACGUAACUGCAGCCACGACUACCACAGCAGGUACUACUGCGCCCACGCCUCAAGACCCUCCCACCAGAACUGCUUCGCUCCCUCGUCAAAACUCGCUUUCUGGUGAAGUGGUCAUUUUUGGUGGCCAGCAAUACACUCCAAAGACUCUCCAGGAGUUACUUCAAGACUUUUUAACCAGUGUCCCCCAGGAAACUUUCAAAAUCCCAAUCAUUGGCUCUUAUCCCAAUGUAUCUACUGGCGAAGGAAUUCUUCACUAUAUUCGUAUCAAUGUUGGUAUCAACAAUAUUGGCAUUGCUGAAAAAUAUGGCCAAGAUAUGGUUGAUCAAGGAUUUUUGCGACUUGUUGGUGCUGUAGGCAGCCGCUUCUCCGGAACUUCUAAUUCACGCUACCAGUGGUUACCUAGAGCCACUGAGUUUGCUAAAAAUGGCGUUUAUCACCAGUCUUCGACUAGCGAAAAACUUAGUGAAAUUCAAUCCACCAUUAUUGCUGAAGAGCAAACUGCUACUGAUGCAGCUUCAACUUUUGCGAAAAAGACUUCCAAUAUAGUCUCGGGAUAUUUUUCAUCAUUGCUUGCAAAUACUGAAGAUGAAUCCAAGCCCGAGGGGAAUAUAGAUGCUCCUCCUUCUUCUGUUCAUAAAAGACACGAAUCCAUGUCUAUUUUAUCGAGUCUUAGCCGCGCAGGCACUUUGAAUGGUAAGUCCCACUCACGUACGGCGUCAUCUGCCGAUUUUGGUACUACUCAACAACCUCUGCCUCGCCGCGAGUCUCAAAUUAGCAAGCUUCAGCGCGAAAUCACUGAGCUUGAUGAAAAGUACCAGAUUGCAGUUCGCAACCUUGAUGAUGAGCGUUGCGGUCUUGAGUUGGAAAUUUUUGAGCUUUAUCCAUUUAUGCAGCAAUGCGAGCGUGACCGUCUGCGUGCCGUCAAGAAGGUUCUCCUUGAUUUUACAGCUGGAAUUGGCCGUACCCUUAACAAUCUUCAUCAAUCUGUUCAACGCAUGGCAUUCCAUGAGUCUUUGCUGGACCCAAUCAAGGAUCUUGAUUACUUGAUUGAACGAUACAAGACUGGUCCUUUUGCACCAAAACCUGUUGUAUACAUGGGGUUUUUCAAAUCUCACCGUAUCCAGUCGUUCGGUGUUGAUCUCAAGUUUGUACCCUUUGUGGUUGAGGACUUUGUUGGCUACAUCUCUGACGAAAAGAAUGUCACUGGCAAGGACGAGGAAAUCACUUCUGGAAUUACCGAGUUCCCGUCUAUAUCCACUGGCGGUAAUUCGUACAAGUCCCGCCUUACUUCUGAUACCUCGCGUAAUAUUCUUAUUGGCUUGUGGACCCAAGCCCAAGCACCUAUUGAUGAGAUUCAAGCUUUGCGGCGCAAAAUCAACACUUCCAAGAAGUUUAAUCCUGAAGAGGCAUUCAAAGGCUACACUUUACCGACGGUUAUUUCGACCUUGCGCGAGUUUUUGCUUGAGCUUCCAGACUCUAUUAUUUCGUCUACAGUUUAUGACGUUAUCAAAAGUGCUUAUUCAAAAUCUGGGCCAGGAGCCAAUGUUUCUUUGGAAAUGGCACUAGAGGAAAGAAAGGAUGCUGAAGCUAGUAAUGCUGAACAGCGUGUAGAGCGCUUGGUGGGACUUUUAACCCAUUUGGAGCGUGAAAAUCUUUCUAAUUUGAAGGUUUUGAUUAGCCAUUUUGCUGAUAUUUGCAAAGUUUCUAGUGAAUCAACUCCAUUUAAAGCAGUUUUGCCUGAGGAUAUACCAGACAAUGUUAAGGAUUUGUCACGCAGCAUCGCACCAUACUUGCUAAAGCCUCGAGCUACGACCUCACUUACUUUGACAGAAAAGCACCCCAUGCAGUUGACCCAAGACUUGAUUAUUUACCGUGACGUAGUUUUUUCUCAAGUUGAAGCGCGGCUAGAAAAGGCCCAGAAAAAUCGACGACGAUCACGGUCUGCGUCCGGGUCUGAGGCCAACCGGCGGUUUCACAUUGAAGAACGCAAUAAGGCUAUCGCAGCAGCUCACGGAGUAAACAAUGCAGGGACCAUUACACCUUCGCACUCGUCAUCAUCAAUUGCAGCUAUUGUUUCUGGAGGCAGCGCUAAUGGUUCACCUCCAUCUAAAAUCUCAGGCCCACUUCCUUUAACACUCUCUUCAAGUGUGCGUUCACGCCACUCGGUGACCAAUAGCGACGCAUCGGACGAGGGUCGUACCGAGGAAGGCUCUACGGAUGGACCUUACGGUGAGCUGACUUCAGGGUCAAACUUACGACUUGCAAGGCCUUUAUCGCAUCGCCGAACACCAUCGGGGAACAAGCUGUCGAUUCGGUCAUUCCUUGAACCUGGUGGAGGGAUUUCGCGCAGUUCUACGCCUACACCAGGUUCUCAAGGGUCUGGUGAUAGCUCAUCAUCUGUACCCACUGAGGCUCCAUCGUUAGUUCCACCUACAAUUUCAGUGAUGGAUGCUUCUGAGGUUGAGAGUAGUUUACAUGAUUCAGCGAAUAUCAAUUAA